AUGAAGUGGCUUGUCCUCCUUGGGCCAGUGGCCUCCUCAGAUUGGAGAGUCAUAAUACCUUUAAGGAAAGUGAAGACCAUGAGAAAUACAUUAAGUGAAAAAAACAUUAUGGACAAUUUCCUCAAGGAACACACUUACAGACUGUCUCAGAUUUCUCGUGGCUCUAAUAAAACUAUUCACCCCCUGAGGAACAUCAUGGAUGUGAGUGUUUUGGGAGAUGCUGUUGGAACACCCCCUCAGGAUUUCCAGGUUAUCUUUGACACAGGCUCAUCUGACUUGUGGGUGCCCUCCCUCUUUUGCCCCAGUCCAGCUUUUUCUACACAAGUUAGGUUCAGACAUUACAAGUCUUCUACCUUCCGACCUACCCAAGAGACCUUCACGAUCGCCUAUGGAUCUGGGAGCAUGAAGGCAUUUCUUGUUUAUGACACUAUUCGGGUAACAUGUAAAGAGAAUAUGAGUCAGGACUGGCUGCGGAGUGAUACCUGCUUGCAAAACAGAUGCAGGACCAUCUGGCAGGACCCUUCCUAG